AUCGGGCUGGACUCCGGGCAGAGGCACAUCGGAUUACCAGGCGGAGCAGCAGGCACCGAGCCACCAGGCGGAGCAGCAGGCACCAAGCCACCAGGCGGAGCAGCAGGCACCGGGCCCCCAGGCGGGGCGACAGGCAUCAGGCCCCCAGGCGGGGCGACAGGCAUCGGGCCCCCAGGCGGGGUGACAGGCAUUGGGCCCCCAGGCGGAGCGGCGGGCGCCGGGCCCCCAUUAGGGGCGGCGGGUGCCGGGCCCCCAGGUGGGGCGACAGGCGUCGGGCCCCCAGGCGGGGCGACAGGCAUCGGGCCCCCAGGCGGAGCGGCGGCGGGGCACCGGGCCCCCAGGCGGAGCGGCGGGCGCCGGACCCCAAGCAGCGGGCGCCGGACCCCCAGGCGGAGCUACGGGUCUCGGGCCCUCAGGCGGAGCGGCGGGCGCCGGACCCCCAGGUGGAACGACAGGUCUCGGGCCCUCAGGCGGAGCGACAGGUCUCGG